AAUAUUCCUAAGAAAUCUAAUCCAAAGCCGAUAUAAACCCAUAUCACAUCCUUCAACACAAUUUCAACCAAAAUAAACAAACGGUUCGCAAAGAAUGAGAGAUUUUGUGAUCCUCGGUUCAUCCAUCAUCACUCCACGUUCAUCCUCAUCCUCAUCUUCCACUCCACAACACCGCCACACCAUAAUCAAAUCCCACAAAUCCUCUCUUCCAAACCUCUCUCCACGGAACAAUUCUACUUCCCUUCUUCAAACCCCUCUCAUUCUCAAAGAAUUUGAAACUGUCCUACACGGCGAGCUUGAUUCCGAUGUGGAUGUUGAGCUCUUGGCCAAUGCGGUUCUCAUUGGCAUCCAAGACAGAAAUGUUCGGACUGUGAUUGACAGUUUGAAUAAAGUUGAGGGACUUUCUGAGAUUUCACUUUCUACUCAUCUUGAUGCCUCUGCCAUUGCUAAUGAGUGUUGUCAUAUGGUUACUUGUGGUCAUAUUGAAGAAGCUGUUGAAUUGAUGGAGGUUCUCUCACGUUUCCAGUUAUCAAUUGCAAAACUUGUUCAGCCAUCUGACAUUAUAAAAAGAUGUAUUCUUAGUCGUAAGCCAACUUUAGCUGUGAGGUAUGCGUCACUUCUUCCACAAGCACCUGUAUUAUUUUGUAGCAUCAUAUCUGAAUUUAGCAAAAGGAGGGAUUUGGUUUCUGCUCUAAAAGCUUACGAUGCAUUGAAAAAGAACUUGAAAGGUCCCAAUAUGUACAUAUACCGGGCAAUAAUUGACGCUUGUGGUCUCUGUGGCGAUUUCAUGAAAUCUAGGUACAUAUAUGAGGAUUUGCUUAAUCAGAAAAUCACUCCAAAUAUAUAUGUGUUCAACAGUCUCAUGAAUGUGAAUGCCCAUGAUCUCAGCUACUCGUUAAAUCUAUAUCAGAAUAUGCAGAAGCUAGGCCUGAAACCCGAUAUGGCAUCCUAUAACAUCCUACUGAAAGCUUGCUGUGUUGCUGGAAGAGUUGACGUGGCUCAAGACAUGUAUAGGGAUCUUAAGCAUUUGGAAUCAGUGGGACAGCUGAAAUUAGAUGUUUUCACCUACAGCACAAUUAUAAAGGUCUUUGCAGAUGCAAAAUUGUGGCAAAUGGCUCUAAAAAUCAAGCGCGACAUGCUGUCUGCUGGCGUUUCUCUUAAUACUAUUGCGUGGUCAUCAUUAAUCAAUGCCUGUGCACAUGCAGGGCUUGUUGAGCAGGCAAUUCAGUUAUUUGAAGAAAUGCUUUUGGCUGGCUGUGAACCAAAUACACAGUGUUUCAACAUAAUUUUACAUGCAUGUGUUGAAGGUUGCCAGUAUGACAGGGCUUUUCGCCUUUUCCACUCAUGGAAGGGAAGUAAGAUGUUAGUGCCCUUAGAUGAAAGCUGCAAUAGCAAUUCAGAGCAGGGAGGCAUGCAUAAUGUUACCACAGUGCCAACCGGCAUUUCUAGUUCACAUAUCUUGAGCUUUACUGAGAGGUUCCCUUUCACACCCACUACAACAACAUACAAUAUUUUACUGAAGGCCUGUGGUACUAAUUACUAUCAUGCAAAAGCGUUAAUCAACGAGAUGAGAACAGUGGGUCUUUCCCCGAAUCAAAUAAGCUGGUCAAUUUUGAUAAAUAUAUGCGGCGCAUCAGAAAAUGUGGAUGGUGUCAUUGAGAUUUUGAGAACCAUGGUUGAUGCUGGAAUUAAACCGGAUGUUAUUUCAUAUACAACAGCCAUUAAGGUUUGUGUCGAAAGUAAGAAUUUUACGCAGGCAUUAACCUUAUAUAGAGAAAUGAAAAGCUAUGGGACGCAUCCAAAUUUGGUGACAUAUAAUACACUUCUAAGGGCACGCAGUAAAUACGGAUCCUUACGUGAAGUGCAACAGGGCCUAGCUAUAUAUCAAGAUAUGCGAAAGGCGGGGUACAAAUCAAAUGACUACUAUCUUGAGGAGCUGAUUGAGGAGUGGUGUGAAGGAGUAAUACAAGACAACGAAGAGUACGAAGGAGAAGAAUUUUCUUCCAGCAAGAAAUCUGAAAUAGAGAGACCUCAAAGUUUACUUCUUGAAAAAAUUGCGUCACACCUGUUAAAGAGGGUAGCUGACAUCCUGGCAAUUGAUGUUCAAGGGCUCACAAAGGUUGAAGCCCGCCUGGUGAUUCUCGCUGUUCUUCGAAUGAUCAAAGAGAACUACGCUAUUGGGCAUUCAGUGAAGGAUGACAUCUUGAUCAUCAUAGGAGCUACCAAAGCAGAUGAAAAUCCAUCCAAAGAGAUAUUAGUUGUGCAAGAGGCUAUGGUAAAACUUCUUACGAAUGAACUGGGGCUCGAGGCUCUUCCAGCCACAACCAGAUUCGCACCUAGUCACACACCAAAGUUACAAAACCCCGAAUUUUCUAAUCUCACCAUAGAAGCACUCCCAGGAGAGAAUGCAUUACCCACAUCAAUGGGGUUUCACACAAGGAGACCUGCAGUUCUACAAAGAUUGAAGGUCACCAAAAAAUCAUUACACCGUUGGUUGCAGAGGAAGUCAAACGUAAAAUAGUAUUUGAUGACCUCUUCAUAUUUUUUUUACAGAGUUGAUGAUCUCUUCAUUGUUCUUCAUAUUUUUUUACAGAGUUGAUCUCUUCAUUGUUUAUAUAUGAUAAGAACUCAUAGGAGUUAUGUAAAAAUGUUAGAUAAGCUAAUUUUUUCCCUGCCACCAGCUGCUUUAAUGACUAAAAAAAAGCAGUUGCGUCGAUGAGUAAAAAAAAAGCAGCUGCUUCGAUGUGUAUAUAAUCAUAUGGUAUAGCUGCAAAUGCAUUUUGUAUCCAAAA